AUGACAGAGUCACAGAAUAAGGUUUUUUCCGCCUUUUGUUUGAGUCCUCAUCAACCAAUGUCUGUGUCUUUGGCAUUCACAAUUGAAGCCAUGAAGUUGUUGGAGGAAGAGAAGUUUCUUCAGUUGAAUAAGAAAGAAAAGGACCCGUUGAAACCGAAGCAACCCAUGUCUGCGUUUUUCAUGUUCAGAAAUGAGCGAAGAACAGAGAGAAAGAGUGGCUGGGACGUAAUUGAAAAAUGGAAUAACAUGACAGAGAAACAAAAGAAGCCAUAUGAAAAGAUUGCAAAAGAAAACAUGGAAAAUUUGAGUCCUCAUCAAUCAAUGUCUGCGUCUUUGGCAUUCACAACUGAAGCCAUGAAGUUGUUGGAGGAAGUGCAGUUUCUUGACUUGAAUAAGUAA